CAAUCAUGCCAACAAUAGUAAGCAUACCAUGUCAAACAAAUCGGAUUAUUGUAAAACGUAUGAUUUAGACAAUGUGUCUGAAGAUGGUGAUGAUGAGAACGGAGAAUAUAAUGAAGAUGAUAACGGAGAGGAUGGAGAAGAUAUGGAUGAUGAUGACUGCAAUGAUACUGAAUGGCUCUCUGAACGUCGUCGCCGAGGGGGAGGAAAUGGAAAUUUACUAAGUUGUGGUUCCGGAGAUGGUGGUGUUAAUGCUGAUGGUAGCAGGAGAAGAGGUAAAACACGAUCUGUGUAUUCACUGAAAGUAGCCAAACUCAAUCGGAAAAUCGUUAAUCAGAAAGCUAGUCGUUCGUCUCAAGCCUUUCCUAUGCUUGCUAAUCGUUUGGGAGGCAGAAAAUUCACUAAGAGCCAUUUGGGUAGACCGUUUGCUGGUCGAUUACGAGCUAACGAAUCACAUGUGGAUGAUAUUUCUUAUACAUUUACAAAAUCUAGUCCUUCUGUUGGACGUCGUGGUAGUCGAGCUAUUACUCGUCUCGGUACCAGACAUAUAGGUGAUAGCUUGAAAACACUUCAACAGUAUGGAACUAUUAGAGAAAAGAUAAAUGAAUACAAUGAUACUUGGGAUGUCGAUAAUGAACCAGGUUAUCAGUUAAAUGCUACGCCUAUAACUCCAACAACGACUGAAAAACGUGAAUCCCAAACACUUGGAGAUUGUAAUUCAAAUGAUCGAUUCAAUGCUUCUAAUAUAUAUCCAUCAUUAUCCCCAUCUUCGACAAAUCCAUUCUAUCACCACCAUUCUUCCAUUAUGAGCAAUGAUCGCUCUUUAUCAACACUGUAUGAAGCCCAUCUGCAAAAUCGAUCCUAUCCUGAAGAUAAUCUACCGUCAUUUUCAUCUCAGUCGAAAUUGUUUCGAUCAUCAGGUACACCAAUGAAUUGGUCUCAUUUAUUAUGUCCAAAUCAGUCGAAUACUGGUACAUCACCGUCGACUACAGUUAGCUUGACUUCAUCAUCAACAUCUUCAUGUGUUUUAUCAUCAUCCUCUCCAAUGGAUUCAUGUCGUAUAACAGAACAGUCCGAUAAUGUGUGUACACCGCGUCGUUCAGAUUCUAAUAAUGAAUCUGUUAUGCAUGUGGGAGAGCUAUCUGCUAACCAUGAACCCAGUCCACAUCGUAUUUCACCUAUUCAUCGUGCCAAUAUGUCUAAACUGUCAAAUAGUGUGAAUGUGGUAAACCGGAACAAUUCAGUCCCAAUACCUACUGAUAGCGCACACAGUACCACUUCUAUAAAUAAUACGGUUGCUGUUGUUAAUCCUACUUUCAGUAAUAUCGACCACAAAAGUAAUAAUAAUAAUAACACAUUGAAUACGCAAGGUAAUAGUAACAUGAUGAGAACAGUAGAUUUUUCCAGUGUUACUGAUAAAUCUAAUAAUGGACGCGUGGUUGGUGACUUACAAACAUUUGUCAAUCCUCAAACAGCUACUACAACGGUGACCUUUUUUAUCUGUGAGGUAUGUUCAUCACGAUAUCGGUCUACAGCUGGAUUACGCUAUCAUUAUCAUAGUCAGCAUUCAGGUUAUACUCCGCAAAAUCCUAUAUCUGCAUCAGCAUCAAGACUCGUUGUCCCAGUCGGUGAAGAGCGAGGUAUUGGUGGAGGGUUACGUGGAGGACGACCAAGACGACAUAGAGGCUCAACAGCUUCGUCUAAAUCCCGUGAUAAGUCAUCUAAUUCACACUAUUCCACUGAGUAUCAAGGGUCAUCUGAACAAGAUGAAAGAUCUAAUAGUUUUUUAGCAGCACACUAUUCUAGAGCUUCUAACCAAUCUACCAAUGCAUACUCUCCAUCUCAAAGUAACAAACGUGGGAACAAUACCAAUCGUGCUGAUUCUAAACCGAUAGAUUCCAGAUCGAUUGUAGAACCCAAACUAAUUGAUUUGAUCACAAACCAACCUACAUCGUCGAAAUAUCGUGAAAAAGGCCAUCCGAAUCACUUCAACUCAGUAGAAUCAGAUGGUAGUAAUGGUAACAAUAGCAACACCAAUGAAUUGAGUAACAAUAAUUCUAUGUCAUCUCAACAAUGGGGACCGUUUUCCCAGUGUUCUAUGCCGUCAUCCUCGGUGACAGUAGGGAAGUUUAUUGAUUCGACUGACUCACUAAAUUUAAGCAAUGCAUCAUCCAGAUACCAAGUAAUGGAUUAUACCAGUAAUAGCAAUCCUACUAUCAGUAGUAGUAGCAUUGGCAGUAUACCACAUUCAAAUAUCCUUUCUGCUCAGCAGCAGAAUAGUUUACAGCUGUCAUCAUUCAAUUCUCUAGAAACACAUUUUGGUAAUAGUAUGCCAAACAACAAAUCGACACUACAACAGCCCCAACCUUCAACACAAAACUGGAAUUCCCAGCAUACAGGUUUUAAUCAGUUAUCCUUUGUACCCUCAAGCGUCCCGAACAGUCAUAGUUCUUUUCCUCGACCACCACAACAACAGCAAUCCUCAACAAUAAUCAGUCGUAUUGGUCCACAACAACGACGUUAUGAAAGACAACAUUGUGCUGACCGAUUGGGUUUAGUACGAUCACCUGUUAACCCAUCCACGUCCACAUCUUCGAUGUUAUUACCGUCAUCAUCGUCCACAUGUGAUUAUUGUCUGGGGGAUGACACGCUGAAUCCACGUAUAGGUCAUCCAGAAGGCAUGUUACAGUGUUCCCGGUGUGGGCAUAGCGCUCAUUAUACAUGUCUACGCUUACCUCCACAUAUAAUUGAUGCUGCGAUGCGCUAUCCAUGGCAGUGCAUUGAAUGCAAAACAUGUUGGUUAUGUGAUCAAGAUGACCAUGAGGAUCGUAUGAUAUUUUGUUGGGAUUGUGAUCGUGUAUUCCAUGCACACUGUCUCCAGUCUAGAUUACCUCGUAACCCCGACACCCAUUGGACCUGUGAUAUAUGCCUACAUGAAAUGUACAACGUAAGUAACUCAUCCAUUGAACAACGUGCUCACUCUAACUCUGGAUAUGAAGCUUAUUCAAGUAACAAUAGUAGUAGUCAUAAUAACAACAGUAGUUUGAAUCAAGUCAACAAUGCAGAUGGAUACUAUACUAAUGUACAGCAUUAUGCCCAUAAUAUCCCUCGUUUAUGA